AACUUUCGAUUUUCUUUCGAUCCUUUUUUUUUUUCUUACUUUCUUUUUUGAACCUUUUACAAUGAACAUUGAAUUACCUCUUGAAAUCAUUGAUCAUAUCUUAUAUUUUGCUGAUGCUUCAACCUUGUAUCAAUUAAUUCAAGUGUCUCAUGUUCUGCGUUACUUGUCAACCAAUCAUCUUUAUCAUCAUCAUCUCCAACAUGCUUCUAUCCGGUUAUGGAUGCAUCAACCUGGUACCAUGGCACAUACUCCCAUUGAUUUUAAUCAACCUACUUUAGCUUCAUUCGAUACUGUUCAUUUUUCUUUUGCCAAUCAUCAACCUAUUCAAUUCAAUCAUCAUCAACCUGUUUAUGUUGAUGGAUGUACUAUACAACACAACAACAAUAAUGGAUCCAAACAACAUUAUAGUAUUACCUAUCAAUCACCUAUCAUGAUGACAAAAGGUGACUCAACCACUUGGACAAUCGAAAAACAAAAACAAUGGUCAAUGUCUGGUGAAUAUGAAGAUGAUGAUCAUGACGGCGAUCACGUUAUUUUCAAGCCAUCCUCUUCCACUGGAUUAUCAUGCAAUUUACACCUUUUCCAUCCAUCUCUUUUGACUAAAGUCGUCCAACAACAAACUCUUCGAUUACAAGAACGUAUUCAAUCCAAUAAAAGGAAACAACAACCAAACAAAACCUUCUUUGCACCUUGUAAUAAUAAUGAUGUCAAAUCACCCGACAAGCUGGAUAUUGCCACUCCUCCUUCAAAAUAUCAUUCCCCCUGGUUUACUUCCAUUUCUUCCUAGAUGAUGUCUUCUCUACUUGUCAUUCUUUUUGUAUUAUAUAUAUAUAUCUUUUUAUGAUGAUGAUACCCCCCUUACCAUCUUUAUAAAACUAAUAAUAAAAAAAU